AAACCAAUCUGGGCCGCACAGAAUAAUGCCUAGGGCAAAAGCUCGGGAGGUGGGGAGGCCAGUGGAGUUCAUGUAGCAUUGAAUAGAUGGCCGGAGCCAAGGAAGAUGGAAAUUACUCGAGGAAAAAAAAAAUGUCGGCGUUUUAGGGAGAGGAGGGGGGUGGGAAAGAAGGAUUCUGAAAAAGCAAGGGCGACAGCUAGAAGCAAGGCCCCAGCCAGUGUACUCUCUUCCAGUUGAAUCGCGAGUGGCACAGGGGAGGGAUAGGCAGCUGUCCCUUGCUUGAUUGAUUGAUGUGGGCAAGAUUUUUCGAACUAAAAUUAGGAACUAAUAUUUAUAAAUACAUUUACGAAUAGCAAUAAUAUUUUAAUACAAUGUCAAUGCAUAUGGGAUGAAAUACGCACUUUAUAUGCACUUUAAUCAGCAGCAUUUUGUCAUGUUACUGUAUUUUCGCGCAGCUACCUGUGAAAGCGGCAGCUGAUCCGUCUCAGACACCGCUGUAAAUAUGGCGCUUCUGCUUAACUUCACCAUUGCAAACUAACGUUUUAAAACAAGGACUCUUCACUUGGUGUUGCGGCCAUGAAGAGAGUUAAUGCAUAUUACAUUUAGUACACCUUUGAGGCUGUUAUCGCCUAAUUUAGUGGGCAAAAGGAACAAUUUGCAAUGUAUUAGCUAGUAAGCUAACUAGCUAGAUAGUUGCUUUCGUAAAUAAACCAGCUAACGUUAGCUAUUUUGUUUAGCGACCUUGUCUUGAACAAGUAAACGUUCGCAAUAAAUGUAGUUUAAAGUUCUCUGAAACUGAAUUUUUACUUCACUGAAUUGUCUCACCCCGACAGCUUUUCCUUCAUAUGAUUGAAAGCUAAUCCAAUAAUUGCUUGCUAAUGCUAAACCAUCAAGAAGCUCUACUAGUUGGCUUUGUUGCUGCGAGAAAUGGCAGCGAUAAAAGCAAGUCGGGUUUUAACAUGGUGGGUGUGUGCCAUCAGUUAGGACCGUGGACAUUAACCUGGUUUCACGAUAAGACAUGUAUGAUUCGCACCAUUGUCGUAUCCUUGCAUACGAACGUAAGUCAAAGACGUGCACAAAGCUGUACAUUUCGAAUGCAAGCGUAUAAACUACGUAACAUUUUGUUCCCCCCCUUAUAGCCUUUGUUUCCUAAGCCAUUUAUAUGUAAAUAUACAUGCAUAUUUCAUUCUCGUUUUGACGAAUACCUUACAGUCAAAUAGGUAGCUGCAUUAUCGUGUAUGUUAUUGCACUACAGGGAGUAGAUCAUCUCUGUCAGAGCAAUCCAGCAUUGCCAUGCUCUAUUCAUAAACAUGGGCAAUUAAUCAAGUGGAAAAGUGGAAUGUAAUCGUGUUUAGGCCAUUAAAAACAUUCUUUAUUUCUAUGGUUUAGACUACAAUAAGGGUCAAAUAUUUAUAGCACUUGGUCUUUCAAAGAGGGAAAAACAAUUCAAUAGAUUUUCACUGUAGUUUUGCAAUUUACCUCAACCCUUCUCCAUAGUGCAGUAUUAGUCCAAUAUUGUUUACCAAAUACAAAUGUCCGUUUUUGUCAUUUGUCCUGUUUUCAAAUAAUCUCCAUUUUAUCAUGAAGAGUAAUUUAUACUAUAAUAGCCUUUUUUAAUUCUCAACAGUGUGUGGACCUAUGUGUUUUUCUAGGUCCGCCAACAUGAUGGCUGCCCAGUCGGAUUCCAUAGACAAGUACCUGGAGGGAGAGCAGCAGAUGCUGGGGGCGGAGCAGGCGGACGGUGACGAGGGUUUGGAAGCAGCCUCCAGUCCAACCCCCACUGAGCCCCAGACCCCCAUGGAUGUAGAUAAGGCUUCCAUAUACCGGCAUCCCUUGUUCCCUCUCCUGGCCCUGCUCUUUGAGAAAUGUGAGCAGUCGACACAGGGCUCAGACUGUGUCACAUCAGCCAGCUUUGAUGUGGACAUUGAGAACUUUGUCCGCAGCCAGGAGAAAGAGGGCAAAGCCUUCUUCAGUGAGGACCCUGAUCUCGACAAUCUGAUGGUGAAGGCCAUCCAGGUGCUGCGGAUCCACCUGCUGGAGCUGGAGAAGGUCAGCGACCUGUGUAAGGACUUCUGCAGCCGCUACAUCUCCUGCCUCAAGACCAAGAUGAACAGCGAGACGCUGCUGAGUGGAGAACCUGGCAGCCCCUACUCAUCUGGACAGGGUUUCUCCCCCACCAAGAUACAGACGUCCAGCUCUUUCACAGGAACCCUCAGUCCCCAGGGGAUUGUGGUGCCAGCAUCGGCCCUGCAGCAAGGCAACGUCACCGUGACAACAGUCAACCCCACACAGGUUAUAGCAGGUGGCACAGUCUACCAACCAGUCACAGUAGUCAACUCACAGGGCCAGGUGGUUUCACAGACCCUCUCGCCCCAGACCAUACGCAUCCAGAACACACAGCUCCAGCUGCAGCUCAACCAGGACCUGAGUUUCUUCAACCACGACGACAGCUCACCCAAGAACAAGCGUGGGGUUCUUCCCAAACAAGCCACCAACGUCAUGCGCUCCUGGCUCUUCCAGCACAUUGGGCACCCCUACCCCACAGAGGAUGAGAAGAAGCAGAUCGCUACCCAAACUAACCUGAGCCUCCUCCAAGUCAACAACUGGUUCAUAAACGCGCGGAGGCGAAUCCUGCAGCCCAUGCUGGACGCCAGCUCUUCGGAGACACCCAAAACCAAGAAGAAACCUCCUCCGAACAGGCCGCUACAGCGCUUCUGGCCUGACUCCAUCGCCACGGGGAUGACCCAACAACAGGUCCAGAUGCCAGAUGGAACCACGGUGAUGAUGAGUGUGGAGGGUCUCCGGAGCCUGACGUCAGACGGUGCCACGCUGGCCGUGCAGCAGGUGAUGAUGGGCGGGCACAGCGAGGAUGAAUCAGGAGACAGCGAGGACGAUGAUGACGACAUGGUUGGGCUGGGCCUGGACAACAGCGACUCCUUGCAGUAGGACACAGACGUACUGUACACACACACACACACACGAAGACAUACACACUUAAAAACAAACUUUAAUAUGUGUGUGUGUGGUGGUUAAGACCUUCAACUGACCCAUUAUGUAGGUAGGCUGAUAAUGAAUGAGGCGGGCUGAUAAUGAAUUGCAACACACACUUAGAACCAAAUCAGUGCCAUUUUUGAUGCUCUGCUAAAAAAUAGGAUGGCUCAGAUUAUGUAUGUACUGUAGAUAGACUGGUAUUGCAUCGCGUGUACACAAUGUAAGUAUACGUUCUCUCGAUCGGUUUACACAGAGCACAAGCACUGACACACUCCUGAUGUCCCUUUUAAUGAAUGGAGUGUCUUGUGUGUGAGGAGUUCGAUUUCAGAAAGCGUUUUUACUACGUCGUCUGCUUGUGUAGGCCAGUGUUUUUCUGUAUAUUAUCAUUGUAUGUUCCAAAAGGCUGAGAACGGAAGCAGCAACAAACAAAAAAAGAAUCAUCAUUUUGAUUUAAUCUCUUGUUGGAUGCCAACACUUUCAAGUUAUAUCUGUAAUGGGUUUUGUUCACUUUGCAUGCCUGUGUUUGACUCCAUGUGCCCACUCUGAUUAGGACUGGCUUACAGGCAGAGCUCAUGGUGUACAGGAAGACCCUAUAGGUCCAGAAAAGCCCAUUAGGAAAAUUAAAGUAAAAGAGGCUUAUUUUUAUAAUACAAACAUGAGAAGUAUGUUUUUUGUUUGGUGUUCUCUUGUUUUGUUUGAAAUGUUUAUGUACAAAGGUUUUGUUAUUGAAACUAGCGGCCCUGUUUUCCAGGGUCCAAUUCAGUUUUCUAAAUAUUGAUGACAAAUGAGAAGAGAAAAAAAUGGAUUAUGUCAAAUGGUUUUUAACACGAUCCGAAAAAGGCCUUAUUUACAGUUAACUGCCAAAAUAAUGGAAACACUUAAGUAAGUGAGGGAUACAAAGUAUAUUUAAACCAGGGGGUUCUACACAGGGUCUGGUUCGGGAGUUUAAUUAACACAUUAACAUCCCAUCUUGCUUAGGGUCAGGUAUUAAAAAUGCCCAGUUGCUGAUUUAUUAUGGCUAGAAGAGGUCUCUGUGACUUUGAAAGAGGGGUCUCAAAGAAGAACAGGCUGGUUUAAAGUGUGUGUGUUUGUGUGUUUGUCUCAGUUACCAGAUCUCUACCAAAUUGAACACUUAUGGGAGAUUGUGGAGCGAUGCCUGAAACCGCAUUUUCCACCAUCAAUAGAACACCAAAUGAUGGAAUGUCUCGUAGAAGAAUGGUGUUGCAACCCUCCAGUAGAGUUCCAGAAUGGUGUUGCAACCCUCCGGUAGAGUUCCAGAAUGGUGUUGCAACCCUCCUGUAGAGUUCCAGAAUGGUGUUGCAACCCUCCUGUAGAGUUCCAGAAUGGUGUUGCAACCCUCCUGUAGAGUUCCAGAAUGGUGUUGUAUCCCUCCAGUAGAGUUCCAGAAUGGUGUUGCAACCCUCCGGUAGAGUUCCAGAAUGGUGUUGCAACCCUCCGGUAGAGUUCCAGAAUGGUGUUGCAACCCUCCGGUAGAGUUCCAGAAUGGUGUUGCAACCCUCCGGUAGAGUUCCAGAAUGGUGUUGCAACCCUCCGGUAGAGUUCCAGAAUGGUGUUGCACCCCUCCGGUAGAGUUCCAGAAUGGUGUUGCAUCCCCCCCAGUAGAGUUCCAGAAUGGUGUUGCAUCCCCCCCAGUAGAGUUCCAGAAUGGUGUUGCACCCCUCCAGUAGAGUUCCAGAAUGGUGUUGCAUCCCCCCCAGUAGAGUUCCAGAAUGGUGUUUGUCCCCUCCAGUAGAGUUCCAGAAUGGUGUUGCAUCCCUCCAGUAGAGUUCCAGAAUGGUGUUGCAUCCCUCCAGUAGAGUUCCAGAAUGGUGUUGUAUCCCUCCAGUAGAGUUCCAGAAUGGUGUUGUAUCCCUCCAGUAGAGUUCCAGAAUGGUGUUGCAUCCCUCCAGUAGAGUUCCAGAAUGGUGUUGCACCCCUCCAGUAGAGUUCCAGAAUGGUGUUGCACCCCUCCGGUAGAGUUCCAGACACCUGUAGAAUCGACUUAACGGCACAUUGAAGAUGUUCUGAUGGAUCCUUCUGGCCCCUACACCCUAUUCAGUUGGGGUUUCUGUUAUUUUAGCAGUUACCGGUAUGUUCUUUUUGUAAAGACAGAACUAUAGUGAAAAGCACAGAAGGCCUAACUAGUAGAAGCUACACUCCCCUACGUUUUUUUAAAAAUUUAUUUGGACAGUGAAGCUAAAACUUUUACUUUGGCACUUCAGUAUACUCCAGCAUUUUGGGAUUUGAGAUCACAUGUUUAUAUGAGGAGACAGUACAGAAAGAUAUCUUUUUCAUUUGAGGGAAUUUUCAUACGCAUCUGUUUUAUAGUUUAGAAAUUAAUGCACUUUAUGUAUCUAGUCCCCUCCAUUUGAAUUACUAUUUGGACAAAUUAACUUUAUAGUGUUUUAACAGUUUGUAAAACAAAUUGUGGUAUUUGGUCCCAUAUUCCUUGCACACAAUGACUGCAUCAAUCUUGUGACUCUAGAAACUUGUUGGAUGCAUUUAGUUUGUUUUGUUUGUUUUUCGGAUUAUAUUGUGCCCAAUAGAAAUGAUUUUAAAAAAUAUAUAUUUUUCUUCUGUAUAACUAGACAAGUGAGUUAAGAACAAAUUCUUAUUUUCAAUGACGGCCUAGGAACAGUGGGUUAACUGCCUUGUUCAGGGGUAGAAUGACAGAUUUUUACCUUGUCAGCUCAGGGAUUCGAUUUUGCUAUCUUUCGUUUAAUAGUCCAACUCUCUAACCACUAGGCUACCUAGAGAAAUUCAUGGUGAAUAGUGUAUUGUCAUUUUGGAGUCACUUUUAUUGUAAAUCAACACUGCUACGUUAAUGUGGAUGCUACCAUGAUUACCGGUAAUCAUGAAUUAAUCAUGAAUAAUGAUGAGUGAGGAAAGCUAAGGGCAUAAAUGUCAUACCCCACCAAAAAAUGCUAACCUCUUGUUACUGGUAAUGGUAAGAAGUUAGCAUGUAUUGGGGGCAUGAUCUUUGUGAGUCUGUAGAUGCAUGAAGUGCAUUCAAUUUCUAAACUGUUAAACAGAUAUGUAUGAAAAUAGCCUCAAAUAAAAGGUGACUUUCUGUACUGUCACUGUCAAAUUAAACAUUUUAGUGUCACUGUCCAAGUAAAUACAUAGGGCUAUAGGGAAAGUAGGCAACGGAAGCUAAACUACAGUAGAGAGGCAUAGUAAUAUGUUACAUUGACAAUUGCAGUUGGGAUUGAAAUUCAGAAAUAUACUAGAUUUGCAGUACCCUCAUUUUCUGCAAACAAGUCCAGUUUUGCCAGUAUGUCAUUUAAAAAAAACAAAAACAUUUAUAGUAGUUCUGUAGAUGUCACUCUCUUUUCAAGUGCACAAUUCAGUAUACUACGCUUAUUGCAAUGGUCAUAGAUAUCAUUGUACUUAGGCAGACAGAUCCACAACACAGAGAUACAGAUGCAAUCACAGUUUUAAAAAACCAUGGCUAUGUUGCAUGCGUUUAAUAUUUUAUUUAUGUACAUAUACAUAUUGCAUUAGAGGCAGAGAGCAGUAGGGAUCCUCUGACCUCACAGGCAGCACAUUGGUCCUCAGUUUGAGAAGGACUGGAGUUCUGUGGCUGAUCUAGGGAUAGGUUUUUAAGAAUGUUUUCCAAAUGCGCCAUCUAAUAUUAUUGCAUAAAGUUCAGGGCCUUUUUAUUGUUGGGAAAACCUGCACCAAUGUACUGUAUAUUUCCAAACUUAUGCUUCUAUUUUCUGUCAUUCAGGAAAAACUGACAUGAGAUUUAGAUCUCCAGAGUGUUUCUGGCUCAGGGUCAGGUGGCUCUCAGCUGCUCUCUGUCUCUGUCUCUGUCUCUGUCUCUCUGUCUCUCUGUCUCUCUCUCUCUCUGUCUCUCUCUCUCUCUGUCUCUCUCUCUCUCUGUCUCUCUGUCUCUCUCUCUGUCUCUCUGUCUCUCUCUCUGUGUCUCUGUCUCUCUCUCUGUGUCUCUGUCUCUCUCUCUGUGUCUCUGUCUCUCUCUCUGUGUCUCUGUCUCUCUCUCUGUGUCUCUCUCUCUGUGUCUCUGUCUCUCUGUCUCUCUGUCUCUCUGUCUGUCUGUCUGUCUGUCUGUCUGUCUGUCUCUCUCUCUCUCUCUCUCUCUCUCUCACACUCACACUCACACUCACACACACACACAUCUCUGCUGUUUUUUUUUUGUGUGUGUUUUUAAAAAAUCUACUGUUGACUUUUCUCUGUUUUGCCUUAGAGCUUUUCUAUUUUGGAAUAAAUGAUGCUUAACCUCCUA